AUGAAGCAGGCAUCGGCAGCUGUCCAGGAGCUCAUGCGCGAUACAGCCCGCCUGUUCGACCAGGCAAAGAAAGUCAAUACUCACAUGGUGCAAAUCGACGCAUUCGUAAGCGGCAGCGAGACAGCAGAGCUGCUGAAGGGGCUGGAGGAUGCCCGGGCCCAAUACAAGGCAUCGUGGCAGCGGGCACGCGAGCUUGCUGUUGCCCUUGAUCCCGAUACUUCUGGUCCCCAGCUCGACAGCAGCGAUUCGGCCGACCAGCGGAGCAAACUGCAAGAGGAGCGCGACCGCCUAUACGCCGAGGCCGUGGACAAGUCGAACCAGAUACAUAAUCUGCUGGAGUGCGCCCGCCAGCUCCAGCUUACCUCGGCCCAGCUCCUGCAGGUUUCAAAGUGAGCAGCAGUGGCUGCUCCCAACAUGGAAUACGCAGUUACCAGAGUCUGGCCUGCCAAUCGCGAACUCGCGGUGCUGCAUACAUGAAUUUUCUCCCUUUGGCAAUAUAAAAUGCACACCGGCGGCCACUAUGGCGGCUACGGGCAGGUGUAGGGCUGGGGGUGUCUUGUGCAGACAAUGUGCGGCUCUUCGAUUUAUCCUUUUGGAGCGGGCGGUGGCGGCGUGCUGCUGCCGUUUUGCUGGGGGAGUUUACUUUACCCAAACAUGUAGCAAGCAAUUGUAUAAAGAAUUCUCUGUCUCCAGAACGGGGGUGUCCUUGGGUGAAUGCUGCUGAGCCUAAGGAUUUGAAACACAGAUAAUGGAGGACUAAUAUGAACCUCCUGGAUUCAGUAAAUAAAUCUGAAGACCUCACCACUGUGAGCGGCAUGUUUGGGGGUUCUGCCGGGCUCUCACAG